UAGCUUUCUUUGGGCGGAGGGUUUAAAGUCAAGUGUAGCUCACAACUGGCGAGUUUGUGCAAAGUUUGCAACAGAAUCAAAAUGCAGGAAAACAAAAUAAUAAAAUUGACAGUGCGCGACGUAAGAUUCCCGACGUCACUGGAACAACAUGGAUCGGAUGCAAUGCACACCGAUCCAGAUUACUCAGUCGCUUAUGUUGUUCUCGAGACGGACUCGGAUGCUGCACUGAAGGGUUAUGGGUUGACUUUCACUGUAGGAAGAGGGACGGAAAUAGUGGUAUGUGCAGUUAAAGCCUUAUCUACUCUGGUGGUCGGGAAGACUUUGAAGGAGAUAGUGAGUGACUUCCGAGGCUUCUACAGACUCCUGAGCAGCGAUGGUCAGAUGAGAUGGGUUGGACCAGAAAAAGGAGUAAUUCAGCUGGCGACAGCAGCCAUUCUGAAUGCUGUCUGGGAUUUAUGGGCGCGGGUGGAGGGCAAGCCCUUGUGGAAGCUGCUUGUUGACAUGGAUCCAGCAAAGUUGAUCAGCUGUAUUGAUUUCAGAUAUAUCACAGAUGCACUGACUGAGCAGGAAGCUUUAGAUAUAUUGGUAAAAGCAAAAAAGGGUCAGAAAAAUAGAGAAGAGCAGAUGUUAAAGGAAGGCUAUCCUGCCUACACCACUUCCUGUGCCUGGCUGGGAUACACUGACCAACAACUAACCCAGCUCUGCUCUGAAGCUCUUGCCCAAGGCUGGACUAAAUUUAAAGUGAAGGUUGGGGCUGAUUUGCAGGAUGACAUCCGUAGAUGCAGCCUCAUCCGGAAGUUGAUUGGACCAAACAACACGCUGAUGAUUGAUGCCAACCAACGUUGGGAUGUUAAUGAAGCGAUUACUUGGGUAACCAAGCUGGCAGAAUUUCACCCACUAUGGAUUGAGGAACCCACAUGUCCUGAUGAUGUUUUAGGUCAUGCUUCCAUCUCUAAGGCUCUUGCACCCUUGGGUAUUGGAGUCGCCACUGGAGAGCAGUGCCAUAACAGAGUGAUGUUUAAGCAGUUUCUGCAGGCCGCAGCUCUACAGUUUGUUCAGAUUGACAGUUGUAGGGUGGGCAGUGUGAAUGAAAACCUUGCCAUCAUACUCAUGGCUGCCAAGUUUAAUGUUCCUGUGUGUCCUCAUGCCGGGGGUGUGGGACUGUGUGAGCUUGUUCAGCACCUUAUUUUAUUUGACUACAUUUCAGUGUCUGCUAGUUUAAAUAAUAGGAUGUGUGAGUAUGUAGAUCACCUUCAUGAACAUUUUAAAAGCCCAACCAUCAUCAGAAAUGCCCACUACAUACCACCAAAGGACCCUGGAUACUCUUGUGAAAUGCUGGAAGAGUCUGUGCAAAAGCAUCAGUAUCCUGACGGUGAGGUUUGGAGAGCCAUAGAGCAGCAGGGGAAACAAUAAAUAUGAACACAUACUGUAUGUGCAACUGACUGAGAUGGAAAUAACAUUACUACUUCCAUAACUAAACUUGAACUCUUAUCAGAUUGUCUUGAUUGAGUUGAUUGGCAGUGCAAAGGAAUGAGAACGGUAAAUGGAUAAUGAAAUGUUUUUUUUUUUAAAGAUUGCGAAUGAAUAUGGAAAUUUGUAUUACUCCUUUAUAUGUUAGAUCAACUCAUAUUUGAAUGUUCCUAAAUGAUAAAUGCUUAUGUUGCAGUCUGAAAUUAUGAAAUGUACUCUGCAGCAAAAGAGGGAAAUGGAACAAGUGUAUGUUAAACUACUGCUGUCUUGAUUUACCCGUCUAGUUUUGGGAAAUGACUAGCAGUGGGGAAUUUUAUUGAUUAUUACAGCUUAUUACAGUUUUUUUUAAUUGCUUACUCACUAAAAGUUGUACUUGAGGCACAGUAACAA